GUAAGCGACCACAACACAUUGGGCUUAGGGUCCAGAAUAGUCUUACUGCUGUACGAAACAUUUCACUGAGGGCCUAAACCUUUAUGAUGCCUUACCACUGUGUGGCCUAUGGAUGCGGCAAAACUGCAGAAGAUGAUGUGACGCUUUUUAAAUUCCCCAAGGACCAAGAUGAGUUUUGCAAAUGGGAGAAGCAGGUCCAGCGCACCCGAAGCCAAUGGGUCGCCACGCCCAACUCCCACCUGUGCAGCGAGCACUUUGGGAGGGAGUACUUUGAGCCCAAACUCCCCUCUGGAGCUCUGAAACUGAAACCUGGAGCCGCUCCGACAAUAUUCAUCCGUCCAAGAUGUUCCUCCUGCAGCGGCGUGGGAUGCAUUCACUGCCUGCCUGCCAUCCAACGCCGGGGCAUUACUGCAGAACCGAGAGAGCGCACAAGUGGAGAACAUAUUGAAAUUGCGCCCAUUCAGUCUGAUGAAAGCACGGGAGAAAGUGACGAAGAACAGCCAACAAGCGGAGGGAUGAUGCCGGGAGAGAAAAGUGAAGAACAGACAGUGGUGUGUGAGAUGUGCGGCACCACCGGCGACUUUAACACCUUCUUCUCCAAGACGAAGCGAUUCUGCAGUUUGUCUUGUUCACGUUCGUAUUCAUCAAACUCCAAGAAGACCUCCAUACUGGCUCGACUGCAG